GUGAGGAACAGUGGGCAGAGUCCAACCCCAAGGGAAAGGGUUAAGUAUCCCGCGCUCCUGUGGGCGGGAUCGGCGAUGAGAUCGGCAGCGCUGGGCUCUGCUGGCCAAGCCUGAGCAUCACCGAGGAUGCGGCGCACGGAGAGGCUGCAGGGACGCGCGCAAGGUGAACGCGGGGCUGCGGGUGCAGCGCGCAGGCUUAUCCAGUGAGCUCUAGAAGUCAAAGGCUCUACACUCAGGCGUCGAGUUAAACCAUGGCCCCUAGCUCCCGAGGCUCUGCAUGUCAUCUCCUUCUGCUCUCCCUGUUGCCAUGCCUGGGGGCUGGCCCUGCCUUGGCCAGAGGCCUUCCCAGGCCACUUGAGGAUUCAGCACCCCACUUGAUCCCAUCAGAGCCACAGACCUUUGACCUCUUCUGGGAGAAGCUGAGAAAUGAGAGUUCCUGGCACAGUGGUAUCCCCCAGGCCCCUGCUGAUGGCCUCGAGAGGCCUGCAGACUCUCCCCUAGGACCAGCCCUGCGUGGACCCAAAGGAGACCCUGGGGGCCAGGGUGAAAGACUCCUAAUAACUGAUGAUCUCCAGCUGGUCCGGGGGCUUACCUCCCAAGGCUGGACAGGACCUCCUGACUCACAGGAGCUUCUGGAGUCAGAAGCACCUGCCCCCCACCCAGUGGGAGCACCCCAUCUCACUUUCAUUGCUACAACUCCCAGCCCUCAACUCAGGAUAACCACACUUUCCACUGCCCCACAGAAGCCUGGAGGCCCAGCAGGACAGCAGCCAGCUAGGAAUGAGGAUCUAAUGGCCCAAACCAAGACCCCCUUCCCACAGGCUUUCCCCUGGGACUACCAGGACUCUCCCCACACUCUGGUACCUGAGACAGAUGUUAGGAGGAGGAUAGUGCUGGGGAAGCAGGAUGGGCAUGAAGAGGACCUCCAGGAGGCUGUCCAGGGCCCCCUACUCACCCAGCAGGAUCCAGUAGCCUCCGAGGUUGGCUUACCAUCCCCAGUUGAGGUAGCAUCCAUUCAAGAGCCUGGAGCCCAGGUAGACCUGGCAUUGGCCAGAAGUCUUCCUCUUCCUGAGGAGCUGCCAGCUGAGCCCCCCAAAACAGGAGCUGGGGAUACCUGGGAAGUCAGCUCUCUGGGACCCCAACCUGAGCAGACUGACCUCGUUGGUGGACAAGACUCCUCAGCACCCCAGUCCAUACCACCUUCAACCUCAGACACUUCUGAUGAGCAGCUAAGAGUAGCCAUAGCCUCGAUGAACGGAGCAGAUCCCAUCUCCCCACAGCGAGUGAGAGGAGCCAUGGAGGCUCCAGAAACCCCCAAGUCCUUCAUCCCUGAUCUCCCAAACUCUGCUCAAGCUGCAAAUGGAACGGAGAGCCCCCCGAGGGCCCUGCAGCCAGAUGAAGCCGAGGAAUGGCCGGGUCGCCCACAAAGCCACCCUCCAGCACCCCCUGUCCAGGCCCCCUCGACAUCUCGGCGAGGCCUUGUUAGAGUCACCACACAGAGAGCUCUGGGCCAACCACCCCCUCCGGAGCCCUCAACCAGCUCCAUGGCUCCAGCCCCAGCUUCUAGCCCCCCAGCCAAUGCCACUGCACCUCCCCUGCGUUGGGGACCCCUGCGGCGGGUGCUGAGUUUUUCCUGGGAGCUUCAUGUCUAUGGGGUGGGAGUGCUUUUCCUGCUUCCAGCAUUGUUGGCAUUGGUUACACUGGCAGCCACCCUAGCGGGACCCAGAUUGGCACUAGUGGCUGCCAUGCUGGUGUUGGUGGCUUCAGGGCUGCGAUCUACCUACAUGCUCACAGAUCCUUACGGCUCUCAGGCACGGCUGGGAGUACGUGCCGGCCUGGUGCUAUACAACCUGCCCUUCCCCUUGCUACUCACUGCACUGGCAGCGCUCACCCUGCUAGGCCUGGGUGCCGGGCUGCCACAGCCUCUACAGAAGCCGCUUCUGCUGGGAGCCGUGGCACCGGUGCAUGCCGCAGGUUUGCUGGCCACAGACCUGUUCUCUACCAGGCCUGUGCUCAACCUCCUGAUGCAAGGCUUAUCUUGUGCCUGGGGCGCGUCGGUCGCUCUGGGCACACUCUGCCUGUGCCGUCGCCGCCUGCUGGAAGGCCCCCGGGGCUGGGAUGCCAGUCCAGGCCCACGGCUGCUGGCUGUGGCGGGCUCGCUGGGGCUGCUGGCCAGUGGUCUGCAGUUAGCAGCCUCUCUCUGGCUGUACCCAGGGCCCGGCCGGGAGGGUCGCUUCUCCUGGGCCUGGUGGGGUGUGCACUUCUGGUUACGCCUACUGGAGCUGACCUGGGCCCUAGCCCUGGCUCUGGCCGCCCUGGCCGCCACGCGUCCCAGGCCGCCCACGGAGCACGCUUGCUGGGCUAAGCUGCUACGCCUGGCCUGUCCCGCGCCCACGGGCAAGAGCGAGGUGCCCGAGAGACCAAAUAAUUGCUAUGCGGGUCCCAGUGGCCUGGCCACAGGCGGCCUGGACAUCAGCAAAAGCCUCAUUCGCAACGCUGCGGAAGGUGGACUUCCCGCCACGCCUGGUUCCGGACCCUGGGGUUCGGCUGCAUCGCUGGGUCGCGGUCGCCUGAAUGGCCCCGGGGUGUCCCGCGGCAGUGUGGGGCCUGCGCCGUCGCUGAGCGAGUUGGAUCUGCGGCCACCCUCGCCCAUUAAUUUGAGCCGCAGCAUCGACGCCGCGCUCUUCCGGGAGCACCUGGUCCGAGACAGCGUGUUCCACCGCUGUGGCCUCCGUGGACUGGCCUCGCCGCCGUCAGGGGGUGCCUUGCGACCCCGCCGCGGCAGCCAGCCUGACGCUGAGCUCGACGGCGCGGGCGCCUCCCUGCUCCGAGGCCGCUGCCGCUCGCUCAGUGAGGUGUGCUUGCGCAAGUCGCUCCCGCAGCAUGUGGUGGACCCGCCCGGCAGCGCGGCGGCCGCGGGGACUUCGGGCAGCUCCCUGGACAGCUUCUCCAAGGGCUCGCUCAAGAUCAGCUGGAACCCGUGGCGUCACGGGCUGUCGUCCGUGGACAGCCUGCCCCUAGAUGAGCUGCCCAGCACGGUUCAGCUGCUGCCAGCUCCUACCCCAGCCCCUGCUCCUGCCCGGGCCGGGGAGCCCCAGAGUGAGGGCCAACAGCGUUGCAAGACCAGCGAAUCUCGCAGCGCCUCCAGUGACACCAUAGAGCUCUGACUGCCAGGGAGGACCUGGACCCUCCCCUCAAUGUCCACAUGAAGUCGCCGAGCCAAGACAGUGGAGCAUUUGAAAAACUGGCCUUCUGGGACCUCCACCUGACUGCAGCUCCUGGAGACAGAAAGGCUUGAAUUCACCAGACUCGGGUUUUUUUUUGUUGUUGUUGCUUUUUUAAUAUUUCUAUUCUUUUUUUUUUCAGCAGAUAUUUUGCACAGAGGCUGUGAGUUACACGGAAUACAGGGUGGACGUGCAUGGUUUGAUCAUGGGGAAUAGGGACCAAGUACUCCUGAUUCCCCAGUGUGGAGAGAUAGAUGCACCUCACUUGUCCAGACUGACUGUCCUCUUUGUGCCAAAGAAAUAAACCCUUCCGAUUAGG